CCCUCUAGCUCGACGGCGUCGCCGCCGUAUCCUGCCGCCUCCCGCCUCCCGCCUCCAUGUCCGUCCCCGCAGAGAGCUCUCACCCGGGGGAGGAAGGUCGCGCUUCUCCUCAUGCCCGGUACACGAAGCAGAGCGGGACGGCGAUCGACAGACUCGCCGACGAUCUCCUCAUCGAGAUCCUCUCGCGCGUCCCCGCCAAGUCGCUCCUCCGCUUCAGGUGCGUCUCCAGCCACUGGCUGGCCCUCAUCGACCACCCCGACCACCGCAAAAGGCUCCCCCAAACCCCGGCCGGCUUCUUCUACGGCAGCAACUACGAGUCGUUUCUGAAACCACCUUUCCACUUCACCAGUUUCCCGGGGAGACGCCGCCCUCCGAUCGACGCGUCUUGCUCCUUCCUGCCCAACCACCGGCACAUCCAUCUAUUGGACUGCUCCAACGGCCUCUUCCUUUGCCGCUGUUACGACGCCUCCGACGAGGGUGACGAGUUCCGUUACGUCGUGUGCAAUCCCGCCACGGAGAAGUGGGUCGUGUUGCCGAGCUCCGGCAAGGCCGCCAGCGAGGUGGCCGCCGCACGUUUGUGCUUCGACCCAGCCCUGUCGCCGCAUUUCCAUGUGUUUGAGUUGGUCGCGGAGCAGGAGUCAGCGUUUCCCUGGGACCCUGACACCGCUGGGGUGGCAGUGUAUUCUUCUGAAACCGGAGGAUGGGUUUAUAAGGAAGAGAGAUGGAACGAACUAAUUAGGCCCGCUGAUCCUGGGUCAGCAUUUGUUUUCCUUAAUGGCUAUCUGCAUUUUCAGGCCAAUGCUCGUUGGUUCUCCCAUCAUCAUCUAGCUGUGGUUGACACACAGGGGGAAACAUGGAUGAGCUUCGGUGCCCCUGGCGGUUUGGUUGACGGUUUUAUUCAGCGGUCGCAGGGCCGGUUGCAUUAUGCCAAUUUUCAGAGAGGUGGAGAUGGUGUCACUAGAUUGGUAGUUUAUGUUCUGGACAACUAUCAAAGCAGAGAAUGGAUAUUGAAGCACAGCGCCGAAGCUUCAUACAUAUUUGGAGGGAUAGAUGCCUACCUUGAGGGUGGUUUUGAUUGGAUUGCGAUGGAUUUUGAUUGGAUUGCGAUGGAUCCGGAAUGCAACACGAUAUUCUUCACUGCUGGGUGGGGUACCACAUUCAUGUGCUAUAAUAUGGAUCUUCAGCAAGUCAAAGUGAUCUCCAAUAUUGAAGAUGGCUGGCCGGCAUAUCUGACAUACGUGCCGUUGUAUGCAGAGUUACAGUCAUUGCACGCUUUAUAAGAAGUGGAUAUUCGACAGGCAUUAGUUCUUUGUGUUAUGGUAUGUUUGUUUGAAGUGGGCUGUUGUUUUUUCUGGCUGAUGUAUGCAUGUUUUUAUAGUUUGAGCAAUGGUGGUUCACUAUUAAGCGAACUUGGGUGAUUCGUUAUCCAAAAUUGUACCAAACCUUCCGUUGUCUGUAUUGGUUUCUGCAUACCAAUGAUUUUGGAGAACUCCUAC